AUGUGGAAUUCGGUAGAAAAUCCAUGGAAUGCAAUGGAUUAUCAUUAUUAUCCGCAACAAGAAGUAUACGAACAUUCUUAUUCAAAUUAUAUCGAUUCUACAUAUGGAAAUUUCCAAACUGAUCCGCUAUAUCAAUCAUCCGAAUAUAACACAAAUUUUUGUUUAGACUAUGACUUAAAUCAAUUUACAGUGAACAAUGUACUGGCAAAUGAAUCUGUUUUCGAAACGUUUUCGGAAAACACCGAAGAGUUGGAGCAAUAUGAAUUUGAGCAACUUAUGUCGAAUGAACUAUCGCUGGGCAAUUGUAUACAAACUUUUAAAGGUGAUCCGCUACUUCAUUGGGCCAUAAUGAAAGGUUUUGUAGAAUCUGCGUGUGCCAUGAUAAAAACGACAAGAUCCGAGCUUUUAAAUAUGUUGAACAAUGAUGGUCAAUCACCACUACACUUGGCCGUAUUGACAAAGCAACCGAGGAUUAUUAGAGAAUUAAUUCUGGCAGGUGCAAAUCUAGAAGUGACGAACUUUCGUGGAAACACACCGCUUCAUUUGUCAUGUUCGAUCGGCGAUUUUGAUUCCGUAAUUGCCCUCACUACUCCUUUAAAUCCUAUGGAAUAUCAUUGUCUUCGCCCUGGAACAAAAGUGCCUACCUUACCUCAAAAUCUUGAAUUACGGAAUUACGAUGGACAAAUGUGCUUGCACAUUGCCGUUUCAUCGAAUCAUAUAAAGUUUGUACGACUUCUGAUAGAUUAUGGUGCGAAUAUUGAAGCCAAGGACGGUUUGACAGGAAAUACUGCCCUUCAUCUAGCUGUAGAACGAGGAUAUGAAUCGAUAAUUAUGCUUCUUCUUAAAAAAAACAAUACUUGUUUAAAUUUAAAAAACUAUGCUGGAAAGACGGCAUAUCAGAUAGCUCGAAAUUCUAACAGUCAAUAUACAAAAAUAUUAAAGAAGAAAAAUUAGCGAAUUAUCUUUUGAUUGAGAGUUGACACACGGUGACUUUGCGAUUAAUCAGAAAUCUUAAGAAAAUUAUUAAUCUUUUUUGUAUAACUACUAAU